GAUGCACUAUUGUAAAGUGACUGUUCUACUGGAUGUCAUAAGGUGAAUGCACCAAUUUGUAAGUCGCUCUGGAUAAGAGCGUCUGCUAAAUGACUUAAAUGUAAAUGUAAAUGUAGAUUGCAAGGAAAGUUCAUAUAGGUUUGCAAGGGUAGGAUUUAUCAAUUCAUCAAUGGUUGAGCAGAGCACUCAAAUCAAAUCAAAUCUCUCGAAUUAUUCAGAUUAUUGGCAACUUUGACUGUAUGUGAGGUAGGCCUAUAUAGACCUACCUCACAGACAGUAGCCUAUAUCUUCUGGUUAUCCAAAUGUUCCCCCUUUAAUGUGGAUAAUGCAAGGUGCUGAUAAAACUCAUGUUUGAUGUCACUUUGGUUUAAUCAUGCCAUGUGUGAACCUGUCCAGCUAUUAUUUUCUUCUAAGAGGGUGUUCUUCAAGUAUCAACAUCUAAUUCUAGUUAACCCUAAUUUGUGUAGUUUGUAGUUUUAACAGGACUACUAUAAUAAUCGUUUAAAAUGAUUUAAUGGUUAGCCUAGAUUAAUUGGACCAAUUGGAUGAAUUGUUCAAAUAUAACAGUCCAAAAAUCUGGCUUCAAAAUAAUAAUAAAAAAAGACGGGUUAUUUUCCCUUUAAAUAAUAAUUUUCCCUUUAAAUAACGAAUCUCGUCCCUUCGGUUUACUCCAGAGCAGCUCUCGUUCAGUCAGACAACAAGCGCACCUCAAAAGACUUACUACAGGAGAUCACACACCUAUGGGGAUAGCAUCCACAUUUACUAGGGGUUCCUAAUGUUUCGGAAAUAACGUGAGUAGGGCUCGUUAAAUAAUGAUCAAGGGGGAUGUUUUAUUAUAGGUUGUCGAUGGGCGGGUGGGAUGUUCAAAUCAGCAAGCGAACCUGGGGAACGUAUGAUGCAGCAAAUGAAUUGCGACUAUGUUGUUAUGCUCAGCGAUAGAUACAGUAUUACUAUGCAAUGAUAUUAUUAGAAUUAAUAUAUAUAUUUGUGAUUUGGCGCAGCAUUGUGUCAUUGAUUAAUUAUGGAAGAGCGCCUGUUUUAGUCAGGAUGAUGGAGCGUAUCAUACACUCAAGUGCAUUCUCGGUCAAGUUCCGACUCAGACGAGACUCAGAACGAAUAUCUGGUUUUGUCACAUUUGUCAUUGUCAAAAUUCCAUCAUAUGUGUGCGUGUCGUAGCUAAACUCGCGCAUUUACAAAGCCAAGGGCAGAUGUGCCAUCAUGGGCAACGAGGCCGCCCAAAACUUGUAAAAGAUCGAGUGCACUGCGGGAUGGUCAUGGUCACUCUGUUCUGGGUCUUCAAGGCUACUGUUGCAGUCAUGGGCCACCUCCGCUCACGUCACAAUUUAUUAACGGACUUCACUAUUUAUGUUUAAAAAGAUAGUACAACAGUUGAACUUGAACAUCCCUAAAUGCUGUCUGACAAAGGAUGCACUAUAAUCAGUGUAUAAAGGUGUUCUUUCUAAAUAAUAAUGAUUAAAGUCUUUACAAAAUCUAAACAAACUUGAAGUAAACUACAGUGUUUCCAUAACAACAUGUGGAAAGAUCUUAAAUAGGUUAAAUGUAUCCAUUGAUCAAAAUUCUUCAUGAUUUUUUCAAGGGCUCACCUUCUGUCACCCGCCUAACCAACAUGCUAGUUAGUGGCUAUUGCCUAAUAGCUGUCUUGACUGACCAUUGCCGGUCUUUAGUUUAUAGUGAAUUAUGUAAGCAUGUAGCUGUAGUGUUUUUUUGUAAUAGGAUUAGUAACAGCAGGUCAGGUAGUCAUCACUGAGCUCAAGGUCACUUGUGUAGCCCUAGACUUGAACUUGAACUGAGACAAUCUAUGUUGAUGAUGCAGUAAUGCAAAUAUGCCCCUAAACACUUACCCUCCCCAAAAACAUUUUACUGCACCGCUGUGCAUUCUUCACAGUUUAAGUUAUAGUAAAGGUUAUCUGAAAAGAAGUUGAUAUUCAAAAGGUCAUGUAUGUCACUGAAGGAGUCAGAAUGUGGAAACAGUCAGCCAUGGUGAGUGAACAGGCAGUUAACCCACUGUUCCUAGGCCGUCAUUGAAAAUAAGAAUUUGUUCUUAACUGACUUGUCUAGUUAAAUAAAGGUUUAAAAAAAAUAUAUAUAUAUAUAUUUGAUAUGAUACUCAUCUAUGAAAUUCAAAUGGCCAAGUUGUAGCUAGUUUGAAAUUAUAUGAAUCUUUAGGAAAUAAAAGGGAAAACAGCAGGCAUCACAAAUAAACAACAGCAGGCAUCACAAAUAAACAACAGCAGGCAUAACAAAUAAUCAACAGCAGGCAUCACAAAUAAACAGCAGCAGGCAUCACAAAUAAACAGCAGCAGGCAUCACAAAUAAACAACAGCAGGCAUCACAAAUAAACAGCAGCAGGCAUCACAAAUAAACAGCAGCAGGCAUCACAAAUAAACAACAGCAGGCAUCACAAAUAAACAGCAGCAGGCAUCACAAAUAAACAGCAGCAGGCAUCACAAAUAAACAGCAGCAGGCAUCACAAAUAAAAAUCUUUGGCUCAAUUGAAUCAUGUUUUUUUAUGCUAUUCUUAAAAAUACCGUUUGCAGUGUUAUUAGUGCAGAGCUUGCUGUCAGUGACAGGGAAAAACACAGUAUGUUGCUGCAGUGUCAUCAAUGUGUGUGUUCCUGAUGGAGUGCAUUAUAUUGCUGAGUCACCUCAAGAUUAUCUGUGCUUAUGCUGAUGCAGAGAUAUUCUGCCCCAUAUUUCAGUUUGCUCGUGUCCUUUCCUGUAAUUUUUUUGCUGCAAAUUCAAUGUUUACUGCAAAUUACCUCAUUGUAAUUCAACAGAUUAACUGAGAAUCUAUAAUCAAUUGAUGUAAGUCUGACAGAACAUGUCAGCUGUAUACAGGACUGGUCCUCUUGUGACUGUGGCACUAGACUAGUGACAGCCUUAUCAGUAAGUGGCAUGAUUUAGAGGGACAGAUAGACUGUACAUUUCACAGAAACAUUAGUUGCCAUACAUUUCCAAUUCCACCCACAUAUUGUAAAAAUGUCAGGCUGGGAGAGUAGGCAGAAGGGAAUGUACUUUUUUUCUUUAGAGGGACACAAGAAUUCUACUGCUGCUGGGGAACUGCAAUGAAGUAUAAGCCUGAACUGCUGGAGUGAUGGGCUUUAGGUGGUUGUGUCUAGGCCCUCUGUAAUAAAAAAUAUGGACCAAAAUAUUGACCAACUUCCUCUGUAAGCAGAAGCUUCAAACUUUAAUUCACAACUUUAAAAAUAACAUUGUAGUACAAACAUUGAGUUAUUUUGCUGGCCGGGUUUUACAACCUAUCAAGUACCAUACAACGGAAUUUGAAUUAAUGAGUCACCGAUGAAUACCUCACUCCUUGGCCUGUGGAAUUUAGCACAGUGUGUCUGUGUUUGUGUUGGUUAAGAUGCCCAGUGAAAAAACAGAGGGUGUGUACCCACUGGCCCAGCUCUGCCUGCUGAGAUAGAUAAAGUUGGCUUUAGCCAGCGGUACGCACGGAAGCUGAGGGUGGGGGGGGUAUCUAUUCCACACAGGAGGCUCAGAUGGCCAGACAAGACCACGCACGCAAGCCCAUCAAUGCUGCUGAAUGGAUCAACAGUUGACGUCUGUUAAGUGUGGUGGGGGACCCCCUUCAAGGUUUCAUCACUGACAGUACAUAUGUAUGUGCCCAUUGCCUAUUUAGGACUACGGUACAGAUAGAGGGUGAGUGAAGACUGCUGAGAGAUGACGGACCUGGAGGCAUCGACAGUGGGUGAACCCCCUCCCCCAUACAUGAUCUUCCUCCUGGUUUUCUUCUUCUUCAUCACGGGCCUCCUGGGUUUCCUGGUCUGCCACCUUCUGAAGAAGAAGGGCUACCGCUGCAGGACAGGGGAGGAGGAAGAUGAAGAUGAGGAGGAGUGUGAGCAGAAACUGGGACCAGACAAGAAUGCUUGGUGGCAAGCUGCUUCGCCAGACAAUCUUUCAUGUAUUACAGAUGAUGAAGAAGAGGACCAUCAAGACACUGUUGAACAAAUCCUGAAGUGCAUCAUUGAAAAUGAAGCCAACAUGGAAGCCUUCAAGGAGAUGCUAGGAAAACAGGAUAUUUGUGAACAUCAUGAUCCUACGUUACUGCGCAAAGAGAGCCUGGGGGGUAUUCCACCUCAUCACCACACCGUGCACUCUGGAGCCCAGCUUGACCACAAGUCCUGCACGCUCUGUGUGCAAGGGCGCUCCAAGAAGGCCCGACGCCGGAGCCGUGUACCUCGGACCAUUAAGCCGAGAACGCCGGGAGAGAGGAGAGAGUCCACUGUGUUCGCUGUGGGAAGGUUCCGAGUCACCCACAUGGACAAAAAGGAUCAGGGGUCUGGCGACCAGUUAGACCAAUCAGAGGCUCUGGAUAGUGAGAAGGGGGAUGAGGACGACCCCCAGAGGAAGGAGGGGUACAACCUGCGGAGCAUGUUCAAAGACGUCAAAACGGACAGCACCAACGGUGUGGUUCCCAUCGUGGCCAAGCGGAAGAAGAGUCUGGUUCUGUUCUCCCCACGCAGAGGUAGUGAUCCAGUGGGGGCCAAAGUGCCACUGAGCCAGCCCAUGGUAGAAGAGGAACCCCUCUUCACUGCUCCAGUGCAGACCUCCAGCCCUGUGAAGAUCCUGUCGUCCCAGCCCAGCCUGGACUCUGGUGCACCUGACGACACUGAGAUGGCUCCUGUUAAAAUGUACCCUACUAGGGUCACUUUUGUAGUGUCCCCCACAGAGAGUCCCGUACCAGUCUCUCCCAACAUGAGUCCAAGAGGCAUCUCCCCUCUAACACCCCCAAUGCAAGAUUCCCCCACCACCACCCCAGUACAAGUCACCCCCAUGACCCCUGAGAUAUUACCCCUUACCCAAGGUUCGUAUAAUAACCCUAGUCUUAGCGCCUUAAAUGUCUCUCUUACCCCUACCCCUGUACAAGCCUCUCCAACCACUAACCUCUUGAAUGUCUCACCUGACCUGUCCUCCAGAAAUGUGUCCCCCUCCCUUACUCAUUUAAAUAUUUCUCGUACCCCUUUCCCCAUACAAGUCUCCCCUGGCCAGUCGUCCAGAAAAGUGUUUCCUUCCUCUAGCCCGUUAAAUGUCUCUCCUGCCCCUACCCCCUUAAUGGUGUCCCCCACCACUCUACCCCGCAGCAUUCUAAAGAAUACUACUACUUUUGUCAAGGUGGACGAAACCUCACCCACCACGAAAGGGCCAGAGGACAAGUUUGAGAGCCUUGCUACUGUCAGGGCUGACAAAGUUUCUCCCACUGCUGUUCCUGUGAAAGUCUCCCCCACCACGGCUUCCAUGAAAGUCUCCCCCACCAGCGGAGGCCCUUUAGAGGACAAGCUGGAGGUGGGGAGUGUUACCAUAGUCAAAGCCAGCCCGGACAGUCAGAUGGAGUUCUAUGUGGUGCGUACGGCUGAGUUAAUGAAGGAGGAGGAAGAGGAGGACCCUGCUGUGGCUCAGAGCACCCCAGAGAAAGGGAAGGAUGAUGAGGUGGAGAUGGAGGACAUACAGGACUGUCGGGUCAGCCAAGAGGAGGGUGUGUCUCUGGAGGAGAAGAGAUCAGUGCACAGUCAGCACAAGUGGUGAAAGAGAGAGAGAGAAAGAGAGGAUAGAGAGAGGACACGCUGGGAUGGGGGAGGGGGAAAGACUGGCCACACCCAACUGUGACAAACGGAUAUAUUGCAAUACUACGGAGGUAAACCGAACCAGGCCAUGCCAAAACUGAACUAUACGAGACUGAGACAGGCUGUCUGGAACCAACUAGACAUUGACAUGGCUUUAAAACGGCGGGGGCGUACCAGCAAGGCUGUGAUUUAUUCAUUGAUAUAGACAAGUUGUGGUUAGCUAAGCACUGGCACCUUAUAUCCAGAUGUAUUGAUCUUAAAGGCUUGCAUAAUGUGGCUAACAGCACUGCUACAGUACUACUUCUAUUAUCAACAGACAGUGCAAGCCCAGGCCUCCAUCUACAAGUGCACUUUUUUUGAAAACACUGCUCACAGACUGCAUUUUACAGCAAUCAACUUUAACCCCAACAACAAUCAACUACACCACAGUGUAAAUCGACCAACAGCAAAUAACGGGUAAUAUCUGUGUAUUCGAAUUUAUUGUCAGUCCGAUCUCUAACUCUUCUACAUCAGCGGGGGCUACUGAGGGGAGGACGGAUCAUAGUAAUGGAUGGAAUGGAAUAAAUGGAAUGGUAUCAAACAUGUGGUUUCCAUGUGUUUUAUAACAUUCCAUGUACUCCAUUCCAGCCAUUAUUAUGAGCCGACCUCCCCUCAGCAGCCUCCACUGUUCUAUAGAGUUGAAGUCGGAAGUUCACAUACACGUUAGCCAAAUACAUUUAAACUCAGUUUUUCACAUUUCCCUGACAUUUAAUCCUAGUAAAAGUUCACUGUCUUAGAUGAGUUAGCAUCACCACUUUAUUUUAAGAAUGUGAAAUGUCAGAAUAAUAGUAGAGAGAAUGAUUUAUUUAAGCUUUUAUUUCUUUCAUCACAUUCCCAGUGGGUCAGAAGUUUACAUACACUCAAUUAGUAUUUGGUAGCAUUGCCUUUAAAUUGUUUAACUUGGGUCAAACGUUUUGGGUAGCCUUCCACAAGCUUCCCACAAUAAGUUGGGUGAAUUUUGACCCAUUCCUCCUGACAGAGCUGGUGUAACUGAGUCAGGUUUGUACGGCCUCCUUGCUCACACAUGCUUUUUCAGUUCUGCCCACAAAUUUUCUAUGGGAUUGAGGUCAGGGCUUUGUGAUGGCCACCCCAAUACCUUGACUUUGUUGUUCUUAAACCAUUUUGCCACAACUUUGGAAGUAUGCUUGGGGUCAUUGUCCAUUUGGAAAGCCCAUUUGCGACCAAACUUUAACUUCCCGAAUGAUGUCUGGAGAUGUUGCUUCACCAGUCCCUCUUGCAUCAAAGCACGCCACAACAUGAUGCUGCCACCCCCGUGCUUCACGGUUGGGAUGGUGUUCUUCGUCUUGCAAGACUACCCAUUUUUUCUCCAAACAUAACAAUGGUCAUUAUGGCCAAACAGUUAUAUUUUUGUUUCAUCAGUCCAGAGGACAUUUCUACAAAAUGUAGGAUCUUUGUCCCCAUGUGCAGUUGCAAACCGUAGCCUGGAUAUUUAUGGCAGUUCGGAGCAGUGGCUUCUUCCUUGCUGAGUGGCCUUUCAGGUUAUGUCGAUAUAGGACUCGUUUUUACUAUGGAUAUAGAUACUUCUGUGCCGGUUUCCUCCAGCAUCUUCACAAGGUCCUUUGCUGUUGUUCUGGGAUUGAUUUGCACUUCUCACACCAAAGUACGUUCAUCUGUAGGAGACAGAAUGCAUCUCCUUCCUGAGCGGUAUGACGGCUGCAUGGUCUCAUGGUAUUUAUACUUGCAUACUAUUGUUUGUACAGAUUAACGUGGUACCUUCAGGCGUUUGGAAAUUGCUCCCGAGGAUGAACCAGACUUUUGGAGGUCAACAUUUGUUUUCUGAGGUCCUGGCUGAUUUCUUUUAAUUUUCCCAUGAUGUCAAGCAAAGAGGCACUGAGUUUGAAGGUAGACCAUGAAAUAUAUCCACAGGUACACCUCCAAUUAACUCAAAUGAUGUCAAUUAGGCUAUCAGAAGCUUCUAAAGCCAUCACACCAUUUUAUGGAAUUUUCCAAGCUGUUUAAAGGCACAGUCAACUUAGUGUAUGUAAACGUCUGAUUCACUGGAAUUGUGAUACAGUUAAUUAUAAGUGAAAUAAUCUGUCUGUAAACAAUUUUUUGAAUAAUUUGCUGUGUCAUGCACAAAGUAGAUGUCCUAACCGACUUGCCAAAACUAUAUAGUUUGUUAACAAGAAAUUUGUGGAGUGGUUGAAAAAUGAGUUCUCAUGACUCCAACCUAAGUGUAUGCAAACUUGCGACUUCAACUGUAUAUACCAUACUAUGGAAUUAGAGCCAGAAACUGCCUAUGAGUAACUCCAGGUUCCCUUUCAGUUGGUCACUCGGUAUUACAUACUAUGAGGAGUCACCUGAAGAAAACUAAAAACACGCCCAACGGGCCAAUAAAUGCAAAGUCCCCCCUCAGAAGCCCCAACUUUCCUAGCCAUAACACCUGGGCUCGCAUUAAUUUCCUCAAUUCUCCGCUCUUCAGCUCGCCUGAAGGAGAACUUGUCACUCGAUUUACAAGCACACAAAGAUUACUGGUUUCGGCUCUGUACUCGUCCCCCAAGAUUUUGCGAGUUAUGGGUCUUGGUAUCGGUUUUUGUGUUAGCUAAAAGCUCAUUACUUUCUGCUCUGCUUGUGUAGCUAAUGCUUCGUUGCUUGAAUAGGUUUUGUGUUUGCAAAACGCCGACUACCUCUGCUGUGCUUGUGUAGCAAGUGCUUCCUUGCUUAAGUAAGAUGGUCAAAAAGGCUAACCUGCUGGAUUUGAACCUCCGACCAUGGCCUAGGGCAUAUGAUUUCACAAUGAAAUUGAAAGAUACUCACAAGUGCUGUCCUGUUUGCCUGGGGUGGAAACAUACACUCAGGCUGCCUUGGCAUGGACUAGUUCGUGUGACCGGUGUCACCGGCUGAAUUUAGACUGAAUUUAGACUCUAUUGUAUGUUGACUUCUUAGAUUGGGGUUACUGAAGAAGUCUCUUUCUUAAAAAAAAUAAUAAUAAUUAUGGCGGCCUGAGAGAGAGGGGCUGUUUUGUGGUUGGAAUUGUUACCCUCCGUCAUGCAGGGGCCUGGGGUUCAAUUCCCCGAUGGGCAACCCAGCCAAGCUAUGGGCUAGUUGGCUGGGUUCUCUUCUUCCCUGAAGGGCAACCGCAUUCUGGAAAGGAUGUGGUGUCUCUGACUGGUUCUGGGGGGUUUUCAGAGAAGGAGGUGGAUGAGCUAUCUCAGGCAGCUUCAUGUUUCUACCACGGAUGUCACGUUGAGCUGCAGAGCAGUGGCCGGCGGUAUGGCUCUCCUUCGCAACGGAGGUAGCCCAGGUUGGGGAAAGUUUUACCACCUGUGAUGACUGCGAUAAAGUGUCACUUGACACUCUUUACGUUUUUUGACUUGAAAUAACUCACAUUCAGCCAAGUUGCAUGAAAUGUGGAACUGUUUUAGAGGGGGCACGUUUCGCUUUCAUGCUAGUGUGGAACGCUAGUUAGCCACCUGGCCUCUGAGGCAAACAGAGAGGCUAAUCCUUGUCCUUUGCUCCCAAAUAGAGCACGGCUUGCAUGCUAGUUGGUCAUAAAUAACCUAUCGGAGCCAGGAGAAUGAGUUUUGGGAAAGCCAAUUUCGCCGAAGGAGUGUUUGGCUCAGCAAUGGAGUCCAUGCAGUCCCGUUCCUAGAAGAAGCAAAAGCAGGAAGUAGAAGUGCUUUCCUGCUGGGAAAAAGCAUGUGAACGCCCGUCCAACUCUAUGACUAGAAGACUCGGUUAUGAUAUCUGGACCCCGAUCUUUUUCAUAUGCAGGGCCUCGAUGUCAUGCACCACUGAAAAUGACAAACAAGGGCACUUUCUUUUGUUUGUCAAUGGUGACGUUGUGCAUUUGCAUUUUGGUAAUUUGGUGGACGCUCUUAUCCAGAGCAACUUGCAGUAAUGAGUGCAAUACUUCUACCCAAGGGUCUAUGGUGUCCAAGGGUAUCAAAAGUAUGGUAUCACCCAUAUGUGAGCAUAAAUCAGGCUCUUCAGUCAGACACAAGGUUGUCGGGAGUGGUGGCUGUGAGAGGACAUGACAAAAUAACCACAUUAUCCGAGUCCUCAAGGUGGUGCUCCGCCCCUGCAGAUGACAAUGUAUGGGAGGUUGGCCGUGUGCUCCGCCCAGUGGUGGGCUGGUGAGGCGUCACCAUGGAUGUGUCCUAGCACCUGUUUUGAGAGAGGAUAUUUCCUCACUUUUUUGGAAGUGGUCUAUUCGGUUGGUUCUCGUGUGAGAAGUACAGAGCGGUUGGUAUAGCCGGUAUUCCCAAGUUCCUAAGAGCAAUGGAACGCUGCAUCAAAUCCUGGACUUGUGUGGUUUGGACAAGCACCUUAAGGUGUACAAGUUCAAAAUACUCACGCUUCUGCGGCUACUAGAGUCGAGGCUUCACCGGGAUUGGUUCACGUAGCUACUCGUCUGGAUGCAUCUCGCCAUUGCCAUCAGUUGCUGAAGAUAUCCCCAUCGUGCCUGAGGGUGUUAACUCCUUAGAGAACCCUGCGACUGUUGUUGCCAUUGGCUGGGUAGUGUCCUGCAGGGUGAUCACGACAGACGCAUCCUCACUGGGAUGACAAGCGCUGUGUGUGGGCUACUCGGAAAGUGGGAUUUGGUCGAUAGCGCUAAGGGCGCUGCAUAUCAAUUACCUGGAGCUACUGGCUGUUUUGCUGGCACUGAGGCGCUUUCUUCCGAUAUUGGCGGGCCAGCAUGUGUUGGUAAGUUCUGACAACACUCUCUCUCUCUUGAACCUGGCUCAUUAUCUGCUCAUAGGGAGUAAUGGGCAUUUCCUGUUGCUCAGGGUGACAUGCCUUCCAGAUCUCUCAACGUGGGUGUGGAUCUACUUUCCAGGGUGGGUCCUCUCUCAAUGGAGUGGAAACUUCACCACUCGGUGGUUGCCCAGAUAUGGGAUCUGUUCGGCAAGGCCGACGUAGAUCUUUACACAUUGUGAGAAAACCACUCAUUGUUGCUUGUUCUUCUCAAUAAAGGAUCUGGGGAAUGAAUACUUUGGCACAUCAGUGGCCUCAGGUUUGGCUUUAUGCUUUUCCUCCGGUGGACCUCAUUCAGGCCACCUUGAAAGGGUCUGUCAGGAGUGUCUGUUGUUGAUUCUGGGGGCCAGACAACCCUGGUUCCCAUCAUCCACCUGUUAGGCGGGGACCUGUGGAGAGUUCCGUGUUGUCGGUAUCUGUUGUCCCAGGUGCACGAUAUGUUUGGUAUACACAACUGUAGAUAUGAAAUAUGUGGGUUUGGCCCCUGAAAGGCUGAAAUUGGCGGCUAGGGGUUUAUACCCUCAAACUUGAUUAUGACUUUACAGUCGGGCACGAGCUUCCUCUAACGUCUAAGUUGUUUGAGAGUUGGUGUAAGAUUAAAGGAUUUUCUCCUUUACAGAGCUUUGGUGGACAUGUUGGUGUUCUUGCAAGAGCUUUAUGAGCAGGGCAUUUCUUUUCUACACUAUAAGUUUGUGGCAGCCAUCUUAGCGUGUAGGGAUUGAUGGCUCUACCCCGGGGUUUCAUCCUCUGGUGGUGCGGUUCCUGAAAAGCGUGCGUCGGCUCAGACCAGUGUCUAAGUCUAUGGCACCGACCUGGGACCUGGAUUUGGUCCUGGACACAUUGUGUGAGCCUCUUUUUGAACCAUUGGAGUCUGUGGACCUGAAGGUCCUUUCCUACAAGACUGUCCUGCCUAAGGCCUUGGCGGCAAAGUGCGUCGGGGCGAUCUCCACACGCUAUCAGUACACCCUUCCUGUUUGGAGUUUGUGCCUGCAAGGUGGUGUUACGUCCUAAUGCAUCUUUUGCUCCUAACGGUUAACCCUAAUUCCUACAGAUUUUCAGCUGUUCCCUGUCUCAACUCCUCCGUUUGCUUCCAGCGAACAAAGGAAGUUGCAUGGCCUGUGUCUGGUGCGUGCUUUACGCACAUACAGUAUAUGGAUAGGAUCAAGGAUAUCCAUGUUUGUGACCAGUUUUUUGUCUAUUUCGCUAAUCCAGCUUGGGGUAGGUUGCUUUCAUCUUUCUCAUUGGAUUGUGGAGGCUAUCUAAUUGGCAUGUACAGCAAAAGACAAGGGUUACCUAGCGGUGUGCAUCCUCACUCCGUUAUGGGUGUGGCUGUGUCUUGGGCAUUGUUCAGGGGAAUUAUGAUUCUUGACAUCUGCGCUGCAGCGAGUUGGGGUUCCCCACAGGCCUUUGUGAGGUUUUAUCUCUUGGACAUAACUGCUCCCAGUGUGAUUCAUAGUGUUCUUAUGGCUGGGUCCGGGAGUUAGACAGAGCGCAGAUUGUGCAUUUACCUGGCUUGCUACAGUUUUCUUGUGGGUUUGAGCCUUGGACUGCCGUGGUUCGUUGAUGAGGCGGCACACAAAUGCUAAUGUUCAAGUCACAGCAGAUGCCCUGUUGGUUUGGACUUGCGGCUCCUUGUGUGAGUUCUGGCAUUCCAGACUCCUUGGGUCUCUGUGGGAGCCUUUUUGGAACCAGUAGGGUCUACGGACUUGGGCCGCCGUGGUCGAUGUUAGGCAGCGUUUUGUCCGGGUUACCACAGUUUUCCUGUGGAUUUGAGCCUUGGGCUGCCAAAUGCAGUUGUCAGCGGCAGGUAGAAUUAGUGGUUCGAGCGUUGAGCCAGUAACCAAAAGGUAGUUUGGUCGAAUACCCAACCCUGUAAAACAACACAUUUCACUGCACCUAUCCGGUGUACAGUACGUGACAAUAAAACAUAUAUUUUUUAGGGUUACCACAAUUCCCUGUAGAUUUGAGCCUUGGGCUCUGGUCAAUGCUAUGCAGUGCGCGUGUGCGCUUUACCAAGUCACGACAGAUGUUCUGUUGUUUUGGACUUGCAGUGCCUUGUACAAGUUAUGACAUUUCAGGCUCGUAAGGUAAAUAAGUAUUGUUCUUGGAACCGUGGGGUCUAUGCAGUGGCAGCAUGUCAGUGCGCAUAACCAAGUUGCAGCAGGUUCUGGUUAUCUAUAUGGGGCUCUGACAGUUCAGGCCUCAUGAGGCUCUGACAGGUCAUGCCUCUCAGAUAAGUGUUAGGGAAAAAUAUGGCUUCUAUAACCCCUUUCUGGAGCCUGUGGAACCUUGGUGCUUGGGCUGCCGUGGGCCUCCUAGUUUGGUACCCCCUGAGCCGGCUUUUGGUAUGAUUGUAUGUCCCCAUAGUAUGUUAUGCCGAGUGACCGACUGAAGGGGAAUGUACAGUUAUGAAUAUAACUAAUGUUCCCUAAAGGAAGGAACGAGGUAUAACAUAUUUUGGCCCUGUGCUGUCAGGGUGAUUGGGCUCGCUGUAGUGGUACUGAUUUGAGGAAAUUAAUGCAAGCCCCGGUGUUAUAGCCAGGAAGGCGGGGCUCCCGAGAGUGGACUCUGUAUUCAUUGGCCCGUUGGGUGUUUUUAGUUUGCUUCAGGUGUGAUUGGUCGUCGACUCGCCAUAGUAUGCGAGUAUGUUUUUACUUUAGUUUAUUUAGUAAAUAUUUUCUUAACUCUAUUUUCUUAAAACUGCAUUGUUGGUUAAGGACUUGUAAGUAAGCAUCACGGUAAGGUGACCUCACUAAACCUGUUGUAUUCAGCGCAUGUGACAAAUAAAAUGUCAUUUUAUUUGUAUGUUAUACCUCAUUCCCUCCUUCAGGGAACAGUAGUUAUAUUCAUAAAUGUAUGUUUUUUUCUAGCCAUCUGAAAUAAAUAGUCCUUAAACAACUAUAUCAAAUACUCAAUCAUAUUUGAGUCUGAAUAGUGCUAUUAGCUAAUGACUUUUAGAAUAAAAUGUUAAGGUACUGGAACAUAUUAUUAUUGUUGUUUAUUUGUUUACUUGGAAGCAUACAGGAGCAGCGUACAAUCCGAAGUAAUAUUCUGAUCCUAUUUUAGAAAUUAUAUAGAAAUCAUAGGCCAGCACUGUAGUUGAUAAAAACACAUCAUUAGGAUGCUAGUUUAUUUAUUGUGAUUCACAGUAUUCAUUUGUUUGGAAGUAAUUUGUUUACUGUCAGGGUGACCUCACUAUUCCCACUGGGCUACAUACUCUUUGGCAAAGAAAACACUCAGAUGCUAAUAGUUAGAAAAAAUAUAUAUAUAUUUUCAGGGGUGUAUUUACAAGGAACGUAGUAGAAGCAAAAGGGCCGAAACAUGGAGGGACCUACCUGAUUUUGUCCAAUGAGAAAGGUUUGUUUUUGUUUUCCGUUGCAAAGCAUUUUGCUACGGUGUGCACUAAUGAAUAUCCCCCAGAUCUGUAGUAGUGAACAGUGUUUCCCUCUAUUGUAUACACACAGCACACAUCUCACCUCUUCUCGCUCAUCGAUUCACAUUUCUUCUCACUAUACUUCAUCAUUUUAACAAAAUGCCAAUGUGAUUUUUAGGCUAUUUACACAGACAGCCAAAUUCAGAUCUUUUGCCCAAUUAUGUGAAAAAGAUCUGAUUGGUCAAAAGGCAAAUUAGUGGCAAAAGAUCAGAAUUGGGCUGCCUGUGUAAACGCAGCCUUGAUGUGAAACAUAUUCUAUGUCAAGAAGGCAUCAAGGCUGUGUAAUUCUUUUUGCACAACAUAUGUCUUUAUUGUUAUGCAGAGAAUACGGUUUUAGCCAUGCGAUGACAAUAUUCCUGAGCUUUACUUGACUUUAUGGAAAUAAUGUGCACUGUUGAAUACCAGUUUAUUUCAUCUAGAUUUGCUUCCUUAAUGUCAACAGGGAUGUAAUUGAAUAUUCGUUGAAAGUGACGACAUCUGUGUCAAUUUACUACAAAUGCAUUGCACUUGGAAAGUGUAAGGUUUUGAUGUGACUAAAUCCUUAAUUGAAUACUUGUUUUGAAUAAAAUGUAUGAUUUUUGUUUUGUCAAGGAAGCAAAUGACAGGUUAAAUGACUGUGAUCCACUUCAGAAUGUAAAGGGUUGAUCAGAUUUGAAUGGGAUUGUUUGUGUAGCCUUGUAGAGAUAGUAUAAACAUUUAAAAUGAUAAUACGCAAUAAAGAACAGCUAACAUAACAGCGCUUAAAUGCAUUAGAUAUACUGUUUACUUUCAUAUAUACAUCAGUGGUGUGAGAUGGUCAAAAAAUGAAGAGCUUACUAUAUACUGUAUGCCACAGGCAUAAAUGUUUCACCAGCAAAUAGUACUGUCACUACACAUGUGAAUGGUAAUAUGGUUACAGCUCCACCAAGCACAGAAUAUGACUGAUUUCAAUUAAGAUUUAAUGUUUUCAAAUGAACUGGUAAACAAAAGCACACUAAUCAAAGCAAUAUUUGUGUUACCUACAUUUGGUCCCUUCUGCUGUUUAUGGCUGCUACAUGUAUUACCAGUUCACAGCAAUUACCUAACUCCUCAAGUAGUCUCACUCUGUGUCCAUUGAGUUUAAACUAUAUCUAAAUGUGUUUGUAGCGGCCUUAGAACCAUAUAUUGCAUGUGUCUUAAUUGACAGAAGCUGUAAAAACACAAGGUAAACAUACAUGUACAGAACCAGUUUGAACACACCUACUCAUUCAAGGGUUGUUCUUUAUUUUUACAAUUUUCUACAUUGUAGAAUAAUAGUGAAGACAUCAAAACUAUGAAAUAACACAGAUGGAAUCAUGUAGUAACCAAAAAAGUGUUAAACAAAUCAAAAUAUAUUUUAUAUUUGUCACGCCCUGGUCGAAGUAUUUUGUGUUUUUCUUUAUGUAUUUGGUCAGGCCAGGGUGUGACAUGGGGUUUUUGUAUGUGGUGUGUAGCUUAGUGGGAUUGUAGCUUAGUGGGGUGUUCUAGAAGAGUCUAUGGCUGUCUGAAGUGGUUCUCAAUCAGAGGCAGGUGUUUAUCGUUGUCUCUGAUUGGGAACCAUAUUUAGGCAGCCAUAUUCUUUGGUUGUAUUGUGGGUGAUUGUCCUUAGUGUCCUUGUUCGAUGUUAGUUGACACAAGUAUAGGCUGUUUUCGGUUAUUGUUUUGUAGUGUUUACGUUUGUUUAAAUAAACAUGGAUCGCAAUCGA